AAUGAAUCACGAUCUCAUCCGGUAAAAUGUUGUCUAAAACAUUUCAGAAUUAAGUCAAACGUACAUAGAAUUCCCUCUCUAACUCUAGAUGAAGAUAAUUUUCAUCAAUUUGGGAAGAUAACUGUUAACAAAACUGAAGGGUUAUGCUCCUUAAAUCCAAAAUCGCCUUUCCUGACUCCUCGGCAGUCAAGCGAUAUAAUCUCUUCAACUCCGCCUGCAAGGUUUAUUCCAAAGAGUUUGAGCAAGAAGACAUUAAAUAUCAAUCUGAAUGAGGAAAUAUAUUGGAGUAAAUUAAAAGAGAAUUGAAGCAAUUAUAUUCAAAAGAAAAAGGCUGUGCGGCAAUCCUCAGUCGCUUCACUUCCUCAGAAAAACUUGAGAUCUCAAUCUGUGUCUCAGAUAAACCUUAAGCUCAAACCUGAAGAGAAAUGCGAGAUCAAAGUAACUCUUAAGAAAUAAGAAUAAUAUUCAGAGAAAUAACCUGAGAGUUCAGAAAUAUCUUAAGCAUGCUUAUACAAAAGCAAAUUCACAUUAUAUAUUGGGUAAGAACCAUAAACUGUCUCAAGUAAAUAUCAAAGAUAAGAUUUCAGAAGCCAUUAAGAAAAAUAGAUGUUGCGUUGUUGGGAAUAAAGCUUCUGUCAAUAUACGCCUUGAGCACCCAGAGAAUCACUCAUUAAAAAGGGUAAAUUCGAAUCCAGAAAGAAUAGUUCUAUUGAGCCAAAUUAAAGAAAUAAACGAAAAGGAGACAAAGCCUUUAAGACUUGCUAGUCAUGAUAGAACUAAGACAAGAGUGCCAAUGAGAGGAAUUAGUUUACUGUACAAGGCAACUCUGAAACAAGGAAUAAACUCUUUGAACAACUCUUCUCAGGAAUCAUUAAAUGAUACUUUGAAAAAUUAUAAGAUGCGUUGAAAGUUUUUAAGCAAUAGGAGUACAUCUUCAAACAAGAUUAAAUCCUUGAAAAAUAUUUCUAAAAGUAAAAGUAAAGCAGUUAGAUCAUUGCUUGCUCGAAAAGUGUCAAAUCUGUAUACAGACAAGCAUAUGUCAUUUUAUCAGAAAAGAAUGGCAAUGAUGAAAUAA